CACGACCGGGGCUGACUCCGCUUGGGGGGGACAGUUCUUAAAUGUCGGGUCUUGGCGGAAGUUUUGCCUUUGUGACUGUAGUGCAGUUGCUUGGAGGAUAGUGCGGGGCUAGCUGGGGACUGAAGAUGACGUGGGAGCUGUGAGAACUAUCGGCAUGCCAGCUGUAACCUUUCAGGUGCCUGUGCCAUGCAGUGAAUAAAAGGACCCAGUGGAUGGCAGCUCGUCCCCGUAUAUGAGUAAAUGGUCUGCUUCCAAAAAGGGUUAAGAAUAGCUGAGAUCCUGGCGCAGGAGGAGCAGGAACCAUCGUGGGCCACUGGGGACACAGAAGUGGAGGCUGGAUUUCAUGACUUAUUGACAUUUUAUGGCUAUGACGAAUCAAAUUGUUUAUCAGACAGUGAAGUAGAUAAUACUCAGCCUGAAACCACACAGCCCUUUGGUUUUCUACAAGCGGAGCAAGUGUGCCCUGAACCUACACAGAUGUCUCCCUCCUUGGCUUCAGGAGGGUCAACUGAUCUCUCCCCACGCUUUGCUGACUCUCCAGAUGACUGGACGUUGGAGUCGGAAAUGAGAACCGAGGAGGCUAUGUUUGGAUCUGAGCCUCAGCUUCCAUAUCUAAGAUACACUCCAACAGGUAAGAGAGAUUCUCAGGAAAAGGACCAACUGCUGUGGGAUCCUAAUGUCAUACCAGAAAGAGAAGUGGAGAGUUACCUCAGUCAGGCAGCAGAAUAUCAACACCAGGCCGGGGGAAGAUAUCGCCAAGAUGAAGGAAACGUCAAGGAUAAUGAACAGGCUCUCUACGAAUUGGUGAAAUGUAGAUUUAACACAGACGAGGCUCUGCGGAGGCUGUCUUUUAAUGUCAAGGUUGUACAAGGUCAUCUAUGUGCAUGGAGUGAGGAUGAAUGUAGAAGUUUUGAGCAAGGGUUUCGGGUCUAUGGUAAAAACUUCCAUCUUAUCCAGGCCAACAAGGUGCGUACACGGUCAGUGGGGGAGUGUGUGCAAUACUACUACACCUGGAAGAAAUCUGAGCGUUUUGAGCAUUUCGCACAGAGCCGCCUGGGCAGGAGGAAGCAACUGAUGACCACUACAUCAGUAGAGUAUGAAUGUGAUGUGCCAAACUUGGACUGUCGAUUUGGGUUGCGGGGAUUGGCCUUAAGGAAAGAUGGUAUUGCAGGCUCUAAGCAGAACUCUUCCCAGAACACUACCUGCUCCUGCGAGAAAGACCAGUUUACUUGUGGACUCCACUGCCACCCUUCCCCCAACCAGGAGGAUCAUCAAGUGCCUCCGCCAAUCAGCAGUGGAAAUCUUAGUCUUGAUCUCUGUCCUCCAGAAAGGCCUGUAUUGCUUGAUGUCAGGAAACAAGACCAUCCUCUGGAGGCAUUUAAUAUGGGUGACUUGUCCCUUCCCGGCUUCAUGUCAAGACCAUCAAUUUUUUGUACCAAUCCUAUCUCCCCCUGAUUUCACACCUUUUGGCAUAAAUGAAGACAAGGCUAUUUUGGCACACUUGAUGCGUCCACUAUUGCGUCACCAGUUACUUGUGUUCCUAUCUGCUGAUUUUUAUGAUCUCAGGAAGACAUACCCAACAUUACCAGAUGUUUUGGAGCAUUUGCUAUUUGAAGUAUUGAGUGGUGACAUAUGCAGGAACUAGAUAUGUAACGUAUGCUCUUUUUAUUUAAUUGUAUUUUUUUUAUGGGUUCGCAAUUGACCUGUGAAAUUGCACACUAACCAGUUCUGAUAUAUAAUAUGCCCAUAUAAUGUACUAGUGUUUUGUUGUUUUUGUUUUUUUAUUUUUUGUUAUGCAAGCACUGUCAUUUUCAAAGUGCUUCUUGGUCAGUUUGUUGACUUUUUAAAUAAAUGAAUUUUUGACAAACCUGUUAUGUUCAUGGUACGUAUUGAAACCUUUGUUUUUAGGCCUGGCCUGGCACAGUAGAGUAUGGCCACUGCCAUUUUGUACUGCCAGCCAUCUUGGCUUACUUGCUUUCGUGGACUGCAAUAAUGAUACUGUCUGAGCUCAGAACCUGCUGUUAUAUGAAGGGAUGGUCACUGGUAAUGUUCAGUAGACUGAGCAGACAUUUUCUUGGUUUGUUUGCAGUUUGAGCAGUGCUGCAUGUUGGUUCAAGCCUUUCUGUACCUCACUAGAUUGAACCGAUUUUCAGUACCACUUGCAUUCUAAUGUCCAAUCCACAAGCGUGUACUAUUGUACAUAUUUUCUAAUACACUUUGAAUUGUAAGAUGCAUUUAUUGUUUGCCUAUUUAAGCUGCUGUAUUUCAUUUGAGCUGCAUCCACGUAGAGUUUGUUCUAGGCACCCAUUACUCCUGCAUUAAAGAGCAUCUGUCAGCACGAUCCGCCCUAUUAAACCAGGCAUACUGCCUGUUGGGGUUGAUGAUGCUGAGUUAAACGAUCUCUCUGUUUUUGAAAUUGGUGGCCCCAUUGUAGAGAAAUCUGCACUUUAUUUCCUAGGCUAAUGAGGUAUUCGGGGUAUUAAUAGGCAGGCCUAGCCCCUUAGAUCACUGCUUCACCACCACUGUAACCACUUCGGUAAAUAAUGAACCAGAAUACGUUCUAAACAGUGCAGUUUGGAUCUCUGCAUCGGGGAAAGCUUGCUUAGAUCCAAACUGCACAUGCACUGAUUCAGCAUUCACCAGCACUUGCACAGGAAUACAGGGGCAGGCAGUAAGAGAGGGAGAAUGUCUGUCUGGCCUUGUCAGGGUAGUGGGUCGUGGAAAAGGGAGAAAGGUGGUGGUGAAGCAGUGCUCAGUAGGGAUAGGUCUGCCCCUCAGGACUCCAAAUGUAUCAUUAGCAUAUGCAAUACAGUAAGGGUGCUGACACACAUUCAGGUUUUUUAAUCCAAAACCAGGAGUAGAUAAGUUGUAUCUGCCCUUAAUAUUUUCUCCUAUGAUCCACACCUGAGUUUGGGUUCAAAAACUGCAUCAAAAUGCCUGAACAUUUAUCAGCACCCUAACAUGACCACUUAUUUCAAAUACAGAGCGAUCUUUUAUCUUGGCAUGAUCAACCCAAACAGGCAGUAUGCCUGGUUUAAUGGGGUUGAUCAUGCUGACAGAGGCUGUUUAAGAUAUUUAUUUUCUAGCCAGCAUUCUGAAGGCACAGUGCAGAUUUUUGCGCAUAUAUUUUAUAAUUGGUUAUGUACUUGGAAAAUAAAAUAUUUGUCUUGUUCUUUACAA